GUAAAGGGAAGCCGAAGCCUGAAAGGACGGUAGAGUGUCUUCAGUUACACACCGACAGCAGUGACCACCCCUUUGCCUAAAAGUGAUAGAGUAGUGCAGAAGAUCCUUUGGAAAGAAUUCACCCAAAGCAGAACAGAGGGAAAUAACACUGUCUUCUGCUAUGGCUGAUGUUAUACAAACCAACGAGUCGUCUUCAGCGGACGUUGCGAACCGAUUCGCCCGCAAAGGUGCUCUGAGGCAGAAAAAUGUCCACGAAGUUAAGAAUCACAAAUUUAUUGCCAGGUUCUUCAAGCAGCCCACCUUCUGUAGUCACUGCACGGACUUCAUCUGGGGAUUUGGAAAGCAAGGAUUCCAGUGCCAAGUUUGCUGUUUCGUGGUCCACAAGAGAUGCCAUGAGUUUGUCACGUUCACCUGUCCUGGAGCAGAUAAGGGGCCUGACACAGAUGACCCCAGAAGCAAGCACAAGUUCAAGAUCCACACCUAUGGCAGCCCCACGUUCUGUGACCACUGCGGGUCCCUGCUUUACGGACUCAUCCACCAGGGGAUGAAAUGUGACACGUGUGACAUGAACGUGCACAAGCAGUGUGUGAUGAAUGUGCCCAGCCUGUGCGGGACUGACCACACCGAGCGCCGCGGACGGCUCUCCCUCAAGAUCGAAGUCACCGGAGAGGUGAUGCGCGUGACAGUGGUUGAGGGCAGAAAUCUCAUCCCGAUGGACCCCAAUGGUCUGUCAGACCCUUACGUCAAGCUGAAGCUCAUCCCCGACCCCAAGAAUGAAACCAAGCAGAAGACCAAAACCAUCCGCUCCUCCCUGAACCCCGUCUGGAAUGAGUCUUUCACAUUCAAGCUCAAGCCCACAGAUAAGGAUCGCAGGCUGUCUUUGGAGGUGUGGGACUGGGACCGGACCACCAGGAAUGACUUCAUGGGCUCCCUGUCCUUUGGAGUGUCAGAGCUGAUGAAGGCACCGGCAUGCGGCUGGUACAAGAUGCUGAACCAGGAAGAGGGUGAGUACUACAACGUGCCCAUCCCGGAGGAGGAUGACGGGAACCUGGAGCUCAGGCAGAAGUUUGAGGACUGCCAUAUUAAUUUCCACUUCCUCAAGAAAGCCAAGCUUGGGCCCGUGAAGAAAGUGAUCACACCCACAGAAGAUGAGGAUGAAGAAAGCUUCAGCCUGCCCUCCAACAGCAUGGGCGAAGUCAAACUCACUGACUUCAACUUCCUGGCGGUGCUGGGGAAAGGCAGCUUUGGCAAGGUGAUGCUGGUGGAGAUGAAAUCCACGGAGGAGCUGUACGCCAUCAAGAUCCUGAAGAAGGACGUGGUGAUCCAGGACGACGACGUGGAGUGCACCAUGGUGGAGAAGAGGGUCCUGGCCCAGCGGGAAAAGUCCCCUUUCCUCACCCAGCUGCACUCCUGCUUUCAGACUGUGGACCGGCUCUACUUUGUCAUGGAGUAUGUCAAUGGAGGAGACCUGAUGUACCACAUCCAGCAAGUUGGCAAAUUCAAGGAGCCACAGGCAGUGUUCUAUGCAGCAGAGAUCGCUGCUGGGCUGUUUUAUCUGCACAGCAAGGGGAUCAUUUACAGGGACCUGAAGCUGGACAACGUUAUGUUGGACUGCGAGGGCCACAUCAAGAUCGCUGACUUCGGGAUGUGCAAGGAGAACAUGUUUGAGGGUGUGACCACACGCACUUUCUGCGGGACCCCAGAUUACAUUGCCCCUGAGAUCAUUGCAUAUCAGCCAUAUUCCAAGUCGGUGGACUGGUGGGCCUACGGGGUGCUCCUGUAUGAAAUGCUGGCUGGACAGCCUCCCUUUGAUGGUGAGGAUGAAGAUGAGCUCUUCCAGUCUAUCAUGGAGCACAACGUAUCAUACCCAAAGUCCCUGUCCAAAGAGGCCGUGUCCAUCUGCAAAGGGCUGAUGACCAAGCACCCCUCCAAGCGUCUGGGCUGCGGGUCCGAGGGUGAGCGGGACGUACGGGAACACGCCUUCUUCCGCCGCAUCGACUGGGAACGGCUCCUGAACCGUGACAUCCAGCCGCCCUUCAAGCCCAAAGUGUGUGGCAAAGGAGCCGAGAACUUCGACAAGUUCUUCACCCGAACCCAGCCCAUGCUGACUCCCCCCGAUCAACUCGUCAUUGCUAACAUCGACCAGAGCGAAUUUGCCGGCUUCUCCUACGUCAACCCAGACUACGUCCACCCCGCCGAGCAGUGUGAGGUAUGAAGCAGAGGGGUGGGGCAGACCACAUGCGCAGAAACAUCAACGGAAAAUCCAAGCGGCCAUCCCCCUUAAUAAAGAAAAAAAAAAAAGCUCCCAACAUCCAAGCCCCCGGGGAUUUUUCAGAAUUGUACCUUUGUGUAAACAGGAAGUCCUUCAUAGACAUAUCCUAUAGAGAAAAAGAAAUCCAGUGUCUUCACACAUCAUGCGCAUUGUGUCCAAAUUGGGUUUCAAGAUGGGCAUUUGAAAGUCAGUCUACCAAAAGUUACACAUAAAAUCUACCUGUGUUUUCUCUUAUCCUUGGGCCGGACCACCUCACUCUAGUCACUACAAGAGGUGCUUGAGAUUGAGGCUGGGCGUAACUCAGUCAACGAUUUGUGCAUACUGAAAAUAACAGUAGCCAUGACAACACUGCACUGAUGAAGAAAUCUGUGGUUCCUAGCGUUUGCCCUGUAUUAAUCUGAUCCUGUCUUGGUCUUCCCUACAAGGAAAUCAGAGAUGACCUAUUGUCAGCUAAAUGCAAAGAUAAUUAGAUGUCUUUUUGUCACCAUGUGUUCAGUGUCAGCCUAAUUUUUCUGCUAAAUGGCAAAUGUUUCUGAAAUAGUUUACAGUUGCACAAAUUACUGUUUUUUUUAAUUACUCUGUGUGCGGUAAUAUUUACGGCAUGGUGGGCAUUUGGCACCUCGUAUUGACCUCUAGCGAUAUGUGUGCCCUGUUUCUGGCUGGCUUUGUGAACCCGGAGACUCCAUCUGUGUGUCACAUGUGAAUGCUCCAGUUGUUGAAGGGCCAAUCUGCUGUCUCGUGCCGUUUCAUGUGAUUUGCACAGGGGUGAACGAAGUCUCCUUCACUUCAGAGUCCGUAUUUCAGACAGGCAGUGAGGGAAGUGGCAGACGAUUGUUUCAGGUGUGCCAAAAAAUGUUAUGUGUUGUUAUGAUUUUAUGUCUUGUGUUUUUUUUUUUCUGAAAUUGGAAGAAAACUGGUGUCCCCAGUUUAAACACCGAUGGAGACUCUGGGCUUCAAUCCUCCCUCAGCAUACGAAUGUUUAACCUAAGGUCACCUCUGACUCAUCCUUGUUCGUUCCCAUGGGUUAUCAACCCCCUCUGGUUAAAACCGCAGCAAGAAGACACCUCCUUUGGAGUCUGGCCAUAAAUACGGCAGUGUGUAGCUCCGAAUACAGAAACAUUUUAAGUUGACAGUGAGGGAUCCAUGCUAGCACUUAAAUUCUAUUUUGCUUUUAUUGGAACGACUAUUGAAGGGGGCAUUUUUACAGUGUAAAAUCCCGCUCUCUCCCUAAUAGUGCUUAGACUGAAAUCCUAAACAUACAGACAGUGAAGCUUUUCCAGAAAGGAAAAGUGGUCUUUAAGUAUAACUAAUGGAAAGUUUAGCAAUUUGCAUAUGCACCAUGCAAUACCAUGUUGCAUGCUUCUUUUCUGUAGGCAUAAUUGUA